AUGUCAGCGGUAGGAGGAGAUUGCACGCAGGCAGGCUCUGAAGGAGAAGAGGCAGAGAGAGAGGCGCGGCUGAAUGAAGCCAAAGAGCAGGGCCAUGAGCCCAAUGAUGAGGAGCUGCAGCAGGAAGGCAAGGAGAAGGAAGAGCUGCCCCCUCUCUACACCCCCGACCCCCGCCCCAGCCCCCUCUACUGUGGCUUCUACUCCCAACUUGGGGCCUUCUGGCUCUCCAUGGUACACACACACUUACCAGGGCCGUCUCAUUCUCUCUCUCUCACUCACUCACUCAUGACUUUGCCACCCCAAAGUGGACAAAUAUGUGAAAUUUAGCCUGCUGGUACAUGGACAAUUAUUAUCAAGCCAAACAUGGACAAUUCCAUAAGGAGUUGACAAAAGUGCAGAAACACACUGGCACUGGCUACUUUUACUUGUCUCCUCAAUAAUUUUUUUACAAAAAUGAAUGAUUUAUGGUUGUAAUGUAUUUAUUCAUUUAAAACAUAUUUAUGGAAAUGCUAUAGUUCUUUAUCUGGAACUUUUAAAUCUCUUUCUGUUAAAAUAUGAGUAAUGUUUUUGUUACCUCUCAUUCUGGCUGAUAUUCAGGACCAAAUUCCCCUUCAGAUUUUGAGCACACAAACAACACCAUAAAGCCACUCCCACUUCUCAAUUCAAGGAAAACGAAAGUGAUUUAGGAUAGUCUGCUGCUCAGGCUGUGUUUGUGUGCAACAAAAUGGCAGAGGCCAUUUUCAACAACCAAGAUCUGUUAUUUUGUUCGAUAUGCUUGGAUGUACUUAAGGAUCCAGUGACUAUACAUUGUGGGCAUAGCUACUGUUUGGGUUGUAUCAACAACUGCUGGGAUCAGGAUGAUCGGAAAGGUGUCUACAGCUGUCCUCAAUGCAGACAGACCUUCACCCCAAGGCCUGUUCUUAAUAAGAGCACUGUCUUGGCUGAAGUGGUGGAGAAACUGAAGAAGACAGGAUCCCAAGCUCUCUGUUAUGCUGGACCUGGAGAUGUGGAGUGUGAUUUCUGUACUGUAAGGAAACUCAAAGCUGUCAAGUCCUGUCUGGUGUGUCUGACUUCUUACUGUGUGACUCACCUCCAGCCUCACUAUAGCCUUUCUACCUUAAAGAAGCACACGCUGGUCAAAGCCACACAACUACAGGAGAAGAUCUGCUCUCACCAUGAAAGACUGUUGGAAGUUUACUGUCGGACCAAUCAGCAGUGUAUCUGUCUGUUGUGUGUGAUGGAAGAACAUAAAGGCCAUGAUACAGUCUCAGCUGAAGCAGAAAGGAAUGAGAAACAGGUAAAGAUUGGAAUUGUGAACUAGCUCUUUUAAUGCAUUUUUCAACAUUUCACAAUUUCUACACUGCUCAAAAAAAUAAAGGGAACACUAAAAUAACACAUCCUAGAUCUGAAUGAAUGAAAUAAUCUUAUUAAAUACUUUUUUCUUUACAUAGUUGAAUGUGCUGACAACAAAAUCACACAAAAAUUAUCAAUGGAAAUCAAAUGUAUCAACCCAUGGAGGUCUGGAUUUGGAGUCACCCUCAAAAUUAAAGUGGAAAACCACACUACAGGCUGAUCCAACUUUGAUGUAAUGUCCUUAAAACAAGUCAAAAUGAGGCUCAGUAGUGUGUGUGGCCUCCACGUGCCUGUAUGACCUACCUACAACGCCUGGGCAUGCUCCUGAUGAGGUGGCGGAUGGUCUCCUGAGGGAUCUCCUCCCAGACCUGGACUAAAGCAUCCGCCAACUCCUGGACAGUCUGUGGUGCAAUGUGGCGUUGGUGGAUGGAGCGAGACAUGAUGUCCCAGAUGUGCUCAAUUGGAUUCAGGUCUGGGGAACGGGCGGGCCAGUCCAUAGCAUCAAUGCCUUCCUCUUGCAGGAACUGCUGACACACUCCAGCCACAUGAGGUCUAGCAUUGUCUUGCAUUAGGAGGAACCCAGGACCAACCGCACCAGCAUAUGGUCUCACAAGGGGUAUGAGGAUCUCAUCUCUGUACCUAAUGGCAGUCAGGCUACCUCUGGCGAGCACAUGGAGGCCCCCCAAAGAAAUGCCACCCCACACCAUGACUGACCCACCGCCAAACCGGUCAUGCUGGAGGAUGUUGCAGGCAGCAGAAUGUUCUCCACGGCGUUUCCAGACUCUGUCACGUGCUCAGUGUGAACCUGCUUUCAUCUGUGAAGAGCACAGGGCGCCAGUGGCGAAUUUGCCAAUCUUGGUGUUCUCUGGCAAAUGCCAAACGUCCUGCACGGUGUUGGGCUGUAAGCACAACCCCCACCUGUGGACGUCGGGCCCUCAUACCACCCUCAUGGAGUCUGUUUCUGACCGUUUGAGCAGACACAUGCACAUUUGUGGCCUGCUGGAGGUCAUUUUGCAAGGCUCUGGCAGUGCUCCUCCUGCUCCUCCUUGCACAAAGGCGGAGGUAGCAGUCCUGCUGCUGGGUUGUUGCCCUCCUACGGUCUCCUCCACGUCUCUUGAUGUACUGGCCUGUCUCCUGGUAGCGCCUCCAUGCUCUGGACACUAUGCUGACAGACACAGCAAACCUUCUUGCCACAGCUCGCAUUGAUGUGCCAUCCUGGAUGAGCUGCACUACCUGAGCCACUUGUGUGGGUUGUAGACUCCGUCUCAUGCUACCACUAGAGUGAAAGCACCGCCAGCAUUCAAAAGUGACCAAAACAUCAGCCAGGAAGCAUAGGAACUGAGACGUGGUCUGUGGUCACCACCUGCAAAACCAGUCCUUUAUUGGGGGUGUCUUGCUAAUUGCCACCUGUUGUCUAUUCCAUUUGCACAACAGCAUGUGAAAUGUAUUGUCAAUCAGUGUUGCUUCCUAAGUGGACAGUUUGAUUUCACAGAAGUGUGAUUGACUUGGAGUUACAUUGUGUUGUUUAAGUGUUCCCUUUAUUUUUUUGAGCAGUGUAUAUCAUUGGCACUGACUUUCAAAAUCAGUUCAGAAACACAAAAACAUUGUUUUGAAAACAUAACCGUUGACGUGUUUGAGGGUUCUAAAGCCCUCAUUAGGCUGUAAAGCAGGGAAUAAAAAUGUGUGGGCCAAUCAUUGUUCAAAGUUGUGAUAUUUGGAGACACAUGUUCCAAUAACAUUAUUUCCAAAGAUGAACACAGUGCAAUAUGAUUGUUUGUUUACAGAAGCAGUUUGGAGAGAAAAGGAGAAAAUACCAGAAGAGAAUCCAGGAGAGAGAGAAGGAGCUGCGAGAGUUGAGACAGGCUGUGAAGACUCUUAAGGUGAGUAUUGGCUAUACACCUGCAUACAUUUAUAAAGCAUAAGUGCUCCUUUACUGAACAAUAAAUGCUACAUAAAAUACAAUGUCUCUACAGCAUACUGCAGGGGCAACAGUGGAUGAGAGUGAGAGGAUCUUUACUGAGCUGAUCCGCUCCAUUGAAAGAAGGCGCUCUGAGGUGAAGGAGCAGAUCAGAGCCCAGGAGAAGAGUGCAGUGAGUCGGGUUGAGGGACUCCUGCAGCGACUGGAGCAGGAGGUUGCUGAGCUCAAGAGGAAAGAUACUGAUCUGAAGGAGCUCUCAAACACAGAGGAUCACAUCCAAUUCCUCCAGGUGUCAAUGAGUCAUGACUCAUGAGCUCCACACAUGGGUCUCACAAGUGUUUCCCAAUGGAACUGUCUCUUGAUUUCUUUCAAAGUAACAUUUCUUUCUCAUUAACAUUUGUUUCUCUUUCUCUUUAAUUUUUUGCAUUGUAGGGUUUCCAGUCUCUCUUAGUCAGUCCAGAAUCUUAUGUCUCACCAUGCGUCACUGUCAAUCCACAUGCCCCUUUUGAGGCUGUGAAGAAAGUCCUUUCUGAUCUGAGAGAGCGAUUGGAAACAAUGUCUAAGGGCAUUGCUAAGAUGUCUGAAAAAAGUAAGGAAAGAAUGUAUCUGUCCUCAAAAAUAUGUAAUGAUGUAAUGUCUGCUAGUUAAGUAUUUAGGUGAACAAUUUAAUCACUAGACCAUUCAUCUUUGUCCUUAUCCUUAGUCCAAAUCGAUCCUGAUCCCAAGACAAAAGAGGAAUUUGUAAUAUGUAGGUAACAAUUUUAUAUUUUAUUACUGACACACAUACACACACACAAAUAACUUGUAUUUAAUUUUUUUCCAACUUUCAGACUCCUGCCAGCUUACAAUGGAUCCCAAUACAGUAUUUGAAAACCUUCGCCUCUCUGAAGGGAACAGAACAGUGACAUGGAGCAAAAAGGCCCAGUCCUAUCCAGAUCAUCCAGAGAGAUUCACUGAAUAUGACCAAGUGUUGUGUAGUGAGGGUUUGUCUGGAAAUUGCUAUUGGGAGGUAGAGUGGAAAGGGGCUAGGGUUGAGAUAGCUGUCUCUUAUAAAGGGAAAGGGUUGAAAGAGUGUGGCUUUGGAUACAGUGAUCAGUCCUGGUGUCUGUCCUGCUCUCAUUCAGGAUGCACUUUCUGGUACAAUGGUAUUAUGACUAAAAUAUCUAUCCCCUGCUCCUCCAGAGUAGGAGUGUACCUGGACAGCAGGGCAGGAACUCUGUCCUUCUAUAGCAUCUCUGACACGAUGUCCCUCCUCCACAGAGUGCAGACCGCAUUCACUCAGCCCCUGUAUCCUGGGUUUAUGGUUGGUAGAGGGGAAUCUGUGAAGAUAAUGCCACCUAAAUAGAAAUACAGUAUGAUCAGCUAAGACAGAAAUCCAAAUGGGGCUUCAGAAUGAUAAACAUUGCUUCAGUGUUAUACCCAUAGGCUAGAUAAUAUAUCAGUGUUCUAUGGUUAUACCUAAAUCUUUUGGGAAUAUCAUUUUCAAUCACUUUUAUUAGAAUAGUAUGACUCUAUGGCAUCAUCUUUUUCUGUUUUGCUCACCUCAUCAACAAUUACCUUUUCACUUAUCUGUACAGGUUAUUGUUAUUCAGAUCAAAUCAGAAUGUGUAAAUCAAACUACAAUGAAUCCAAAACUGUGGAAUGUGAUCUUUCAAAAUAAAAGUAAUCAUGGAAUUUAAAUAGAUGGUUCUACUGAUUUAUUUUAUUUACUUUACAGGAACCUAUCUUAUGUUUAGAAAUAUAGAUGCAUUUGUUGGAUAGCCUACUUUAUCUAGGUUAACAGUAGAAAUACAAAGGUCCACCACACACAUCUUUAAAUUAAAUGGUACAUAAUAUUUCUGAAUGCACGUAUAGCUACCAAUUUAACACUAUCUGAUUUAUUUCUGGAAAAAAAAGUUAAUGUGAGUCCUGAAAAAGCUUCAGUGGUGAUAGAUGACUUCAUUAACCAACAUGCUCUGCAAUUACAAAGUCCCUCUCCCAGUGUUGCAAAGCAAUGAGUCAACUUCAAAAGAAGAUGGACUCCUCUGAGAAACAGACAGAUGAAACCAAUUUACAAGGUAAUAUAAAAGUUCACAGCUCAACUAAUUAUAGAUUUUGACUACAGUCACUGAAUGUUGGAAUUGACCUCUUAAGGAUCGGACCCUUCUUUUCAAUUUUCGCCUAAAAUGACAUACCCAAAUCUAACUGCCUGUAGCUCAGGACCUGAAGCAAGGAUAUGCAUAUUCUUGAUACCAUUUGAAGGGAAACACUUUGAAGUUUGUGGUAAUGUGAAACUAAUGUAGGAGAAUAUAACACAUUAGAUCUGGUAAAAGAUAAUACAAACAAAAAAACAUGUGUUUUCUAUUUCCAGUUUCCAUGAUAUGUUUUUUGUUGUUGUGCACUCUCCUCAAACAAUAGCAUGGUAUUUUUUCACUGUAAUAGCCACUGUAAAUUGGACAGUGCAGUUAGAUUAACAAUAAUUUAAGCUUUCUGCCCAUAUAAGACAUGUCUAUGUCCUAGAAAACUUGCUGUUACUUACAACAAUCAUGCUAAUAACCUUAGCGCACGUUAGCUCAACCGUCCUGUAUAUGGGACACCGAUCCCGUAGAGGUUAAUAGGUAAAAUCAAAGACACAUUUAUUAUUUACCCAAACAUGUUUACUGAUGAGGGAAGUAAGAAGCAUCUCUGAGUCUGACCCCAAAAAUGUUAAAGAGAAUUUUCAAAAAUGUUCAACUUCAUAUUAAUCAUCUCCAGCACCACCCCAACAACAACAUGUUGUGGAGAGAAAAAAAGAUAGAGGAAGAUAAGUGUUUCCAAUGGCAUCAUCGGUGUGUGUCAUGCGAUUUUAACCAAUCAUGAGUAGGCAAGGCCUACUAAUUGCCUACUAAUUGUCUACUAAUUGGUCAAUGAUAUAAUUGGAAACACUUAUCUUCCUCUAUCUUUUUUUCUCUCCACAAAACAUAGUAACGCGCCAUUUUCACAUACAGUGAGGGAAAAAAGUAUUUGAUCCCCUGCUGAUUUUGUACAUUUGCCCACUGACAAAGAAAUGAUCAGUCUAUAAUUUUAAUGGUAGGUUUAUUUGAACAGUGAGAGACAGAAUAACAACAAAAAAAUCCAGAAAAACGCAUGUCAAAAAUGUUAUAAAUUGAUUUGCAUUUUAAUGAGGGAAAUAAGUAUUUGACCCCCUCUCAAUCAGAAAGAUUUCUGGCUCCCAGGUGUCUUUUAUACAGGUAACGAGCUGAGAUUAGGAGCACACUCUUAAAGGGAGUGCUCCUAAUCUCAGUUUGUUACCUGUAUAAAAGACACCUGUCCACAGAAGCAAUCAAUCAAUCAGAUUCCAAACUCUCCACCAUGGCCAAGACCAAAGAACUCUCCAAGGAUGUCAGGGACAAGAUUGUAGACCUACACAAGGCUGGAAUUGGGCUACAAGACCAUCGCCAAGCAGCUUGGUGAGAAGGUGACAACAGUUGGUGCGAUUAUUCGCAAAUGGAAGAAACAUAAAAUAACUGUCAAUCUCCCUCGGCCUGGGGCUCCAUGCAAGAUCUCACCUCGUGGAGUUGCAAUGAUCAUGAGAACGGUGAGGAACUACACGGGAGGAUCUUGUCAAUUAUCUCAAGGCAGCUGGGACCAUAGUCACCAAGAAAACAAUUGGUAACACACUACGCCGUGAAGGACUGAAAUCCUGCAGCGCCUGCAAGGUCCCCCUGCUCAAGAAAGCAGGGGGACCGUCUGAAGUUUGCCAAUGAACAUCUGAAUGAUUCAGAGGAGAACUGGGUGAAAGUGUUGUAGUCAGAUGAGACCAAAAUUGAGCUCUUUGGCAUCAACUCAACUCGCCGUGUUUGGAGGAGGAGGAAUGCUGCCUAUGACCCCAAGAACACCAUCCCCACCGUCAAACAUGGAGGUGGAAACAUUAUGCUUUGGGGGUGUUUUUCUGCUAAGGGGACAGGACAACUUCAUCGCAUCAAAGGGACGAUGGAUGGCGCCAUGUACCGUCAAAUCUUGGAUGAGAACCUCCUUCCCUCAGCCAGGGCAUUGAAAAUGGGUCGUGGAUGGGUAUUCCAGCAUGACAAUGACGCAAAACACACGGCCAAGGCAACAAAGGAGUGGUUUAAGAAGAAGCACAUUAAGGUCCUGGAGUGGCCUAGCCAGUCUCCAGACCUUAAUCCCAUAGAAAAUAUGUAGAGGGAGCUGAAGGUUCGAGUUGCCAAACGUCAGCCUCGAAAUCUUAAUGACUUGGAGAAGAUCUGCAAAGAGGAGUGGGACAAAAUCCCUCCUGAGAUGUGUGCAAACCUGGUGACCAACUACAAGAAACGUCUGACCUCUGUGAUUGCCAACAAGGGUUUUGCCACCAAGUACAAAGUCAUGUUUUGCAGAGGGGUCAAAUACUUAUUUUUUGUUGUUGUUAUUCUGUCUCUCACUGUUCAAAUAAACCUACCAUUAAAAUUAUAGACUGAUCAUGUCUUUGUCAGUGGGCAAACGUACAAAAUCAGCAGGGGAUCAAAAACUUUUUUCCCUCACUGUAAGGUCCCACAGUUGACAGUGCAUGUCAGAGCAAAAACCAUGCCAUGAGGUCGAAGGAAUUGUCCGUAGCGCUUCGAGACAGGAUUGUGUCGAGGCACAGAUCUGGGGAAGGCUACCAAAAACUGUCUGCAGCAUUGAAGGUCCCCAAGAACACAGUGGCCUCCAUCAUUCUUAAAUGGAAGAAGUUUGGAACCACCAAGACUCUUCCUAGAGCUGGUCGCCCAGCCAAACUGAGCAAUCGGGGGAGAAGGGCCUUAGUCAGGGAGGUGACCAAGAACCCGAUAGUCACCCUGACAGAGCUCCAGAGUUCCUCUGUGGAGAUGGGAGAACCUUCCAGAAGGACAACCAUCUCUGCAGCACUCCACCAAUCAGGUCUUUAUGGAAGAGUGCCCAGACGGAAGCCACUCCUCAGUAAAAGGCACAUGACAGCCUGCUUGGAGUUUGCCAAAAAGGCACCUAAAGGACUCUCAGACCAUGAGAAACAAGAAUCCCUGGUCUGAUGAAACCAAGAUUGAACUCUUUGGCCUGAAUGCCAAGCAUCACAUCUGGAGGAAACCAGGCACCGCUCAUCACCUCGCCAAUACCAUCCCUACGGUGAAGCAUGGUGGUGGCACCAUCAUGCUGUGGGGAUGUUUUUCAGCGGCAGGGACUGGGAGACUAGUCAGAAUCGAGGGAAAGAUGAACGGAGCAAAGUACAGAGAGAUCCUUAAUAAAAACCUGCUCCAGAGCGCUCAGGACCUCAGACUGGGGCGAAGGUUCACCUUCCAACAGGACAACAAACCUAAGCACACAGCUAAGACAACGCAUGAGUGGCUUCGGGACAAGUCUCUGAAUUAAUGUCCUUGAGUGGCCCUGCCAGAGCCUGGUCUUGAACCCGAUUGAACAUAUCAAAUCAAAUCAAAUGUAUUGGUCACAUACACAUGGUUAUCAGAUGUUAUUGCGAGUGUAGCGAAAUGCUUGUGCUUCUAGUUCCGACAGUGCAGCAAUAUCUAGCAAGUAAUAUCUAACAGUUCCUCAAAAAAGAUCUAAUACACACAAAUCUAAGUAAAGGAAUGGAUUAAGAAUAUAUAAAUAUAUGGAUGAGCAAUGUCAUUGUCAGAGCAGCAUAGGCUAAGAUGCAAUAGAUAGUAUAGAAUACAGUAUAUACAUAUGAGAUGGGUAAUGCAAGAUAUGUAAACAUUAUUAAGAUAGUAUAGAAUACAGUAUAUACAUAUGAGAUGGGUAAUGCAAGAUAUGUAAACAUGAUUAAAGUGCCAUUAUUAAAGUGACUAGUGUUCCAUUUAUUAAAGUGGCCAGGGAUUUUCAAGUCUGUAUGUAGGCAGCAGCUAGUGAUGGCUGAUGGCUGUUUAACAGUCUGAUGGCCUUGAGAUGGAAGCUGUUUUUCAGUCUCUCGGUCCCAGCUUUGAUGCACCUGUACUGACCUCGCCUUCUGGAUGAUAGCGGGGUGAACAGGCAGUGGCUCGGGUGGUAGUUGUCCUUGAUUCUCUUUUUGGCCUUCCUGUGACAUCGGGUGCUGUAGGUGUCCUGGAGGGACCUGAAAAUAGCUGUCAGCGACGCUCCCCAUCCAACCUGACAGAGCCUGAGAGGAUCCGCAGAGAAGAAAACUCCCCAAAUACAGGUGUGCCAAGCUUGUAGUGUCAUACCCAAGAAGACUUGAGGCUGUAAUCGCUGCCAAAGGUGCUUCAACAAAGUACUGAGUAAAGGGUCUGAAUACUUAUGUAAAUGUGAUGUUUCAGUUAAUUUUUUUCUUUUUUUUGCACAAUGUUCUGAAAACCUGUUUUUGCUUUGUCAUUAUGGGGUAUUGUGUGUAGAUUGAUGAGGGGGGAAACUAUUUAAUAAAUUUUAGGAUAAGGCUGUAAUGUAACAAAAUGUGGAAAAGUGAAGGGGUCUGAAUACUUUCCGAAUGCACUGUAUAUCUGGUUGGAAACAAGAACUUGCAGAGAAUAAACUUGAUAGAUAGACCAUUUACCUAAUGUUCUUAUUUAGUGGUGUAUUGCUCCUUAUGCCUUUCUGCUUUGUGGUGUUGAGAAAGGCAGAAGACACAUUUCUGUUUACACCAAUGGACAAGAAAGUUAGUAUCUAUUCUAUUCUAUUGUUAUUUAUUUUGCUCUUUUGCACCCCAGUAUCUCUAUUUGCACAUACUCUCUUGCACAUCUAGCAUUCCAGUGUUAAUACUAUUUGUAAUUAUUUUGCACUAUAGCCUAUUUAUUGCCUUACCUCCAUAACUUGCUACAUUUGCACACACUGUAUAUAUAUUUUCUGUUGUAUUUUUUGACUUUAUGUUUUUUUACCCCAUAUGUAACUCUGUGUUGUUGUUUUUAUCGCACUGCUUUGCUUUAUCUUGGCCAGGUCGCAGUUGUAAAUGAGAACUUGUUCUCAACUGGCUUACCUGGUGAAAUAAAUAAAUAAAAUAAAUUGAGGUGAAGAUUUUGUCCUAACUUGCACAUAGAUCUGAGGCUGUCUCUAUUCAGACCAUAAGCAGUUUCCCAAUGCAAUAACCUAUCGAAGUACAUAACACGCUUGUGCUUGCAUUAGUGGGUGCGUGUGUUGAGCUGCCAGAGGCAAGGCACAGAAGAAAAGGGCGAGGCUUUCGGGAAGGGAGGGAAAUAGUUACGUAACCAAUGACGUCAGGUGAGCCAACACAUUCGUCAUUUAAACCCAGGCGGGAAAGUACAAUUAACGUUGGGCUCUCGUGAAGUCUACGUUGAAAGUGUAUGUCCCGCUUGUAUCAGUUUGUAGGGUGAAAAAUUUGAACAACAUGGUAAGGACGAAGGCAGACAGUGUCCCCGGAACUUACAGAAAAGGUAAUGUUCUACAAUCAAAACCUGAUGAAGUUCUGUUACACGUAUUUAGUUUGACUCAAACAAGUGAACGUUAGUUUGAUGGUUAUUCAUUGUACGAAACUGGACUCGCUAGUUACUGUAGCCAACACGUUUUGCGAACAUAAUUGUCACCCCUGCAUUCCAUUAUUUUGGACAAACUUUAACUGCUAAUAUUCGAUUUUAGUGAUUAGAUAGUUUGAUUGACUGGGUAAGAUUCCUGUCUCCCGCCAACACAGCUGGCGCGCAUGCUAACCCAGACGGAUGUUGGCUUUGCUUAGCUAAUUACGUUCGUACUCGCAUCUCAUGAUUUUUGUGCCGGAUUGGAUUGUUACCUUUUAACACUACACUUGCACCAAUAAAUUAAACGUUUGAUGUUUACAAUUUAAAGAAUGGAUAACGAAUUGGCGGAAAAUUUCUUAUUCGCGUAUUUUCGUUAGCUAGCUAACUAGUUGGUGUUUAUUAUCCUCAAUCUGGCGCCAAUUUCGACGCCCAAAUAAGCAAACAAGCCAGUCAUGCAAAUGUGUCGGUGGAGAUUACUUUGCAAAACAUUGCUACUUUAUAACUAAAACUCUGCAUUGCAAUACACGGCACUUGCUUGAUUAAAAAUGACUUAACAAGCGCUUAUACCAUUUCAGCUGUGGCUGCAUCUGCACCCAGGAAGUCAUUGGGUGCCUCGAGUUCUGCAAAUGCAUCAAGCAGCUCUCAAGCAGGCACCCCUGGUGAGUCAUGAUUUCAUUCAGCCUCAAAGUGAUUUUUUUAAACAUUUUAGUCAUUUAGCAGACGCUCUUAUCCAGAGCGACUUACAGUUAGUGAGUGCAUACAUCAUGUAAGGUAGAUGCCUACUUAACCAUUUUUGGUAGAUGCUUAACAACUAUUCCCUCCAGAUGUUUUUCUUUCUCAUGUGUCCAUCAGUGGUGAGUAGUCAUGGCAGAUAUGUCUAAAUUGUGAAAUGUAAUGAUGCCAUUAUUUUUGCAGCAAAGAGUAAAUUUGCUGGCGGGAAUCCUGUGUGUCCUCGGCCCACCCCAACUUGGCAAAAAGGCAUUGGGGAUUUCUUUGGUGGGCCCGGCUGGAAGCCUGAGAAAGAGAACCAGCUCCCCCAGUCAGAUGAUGAAGAGGCCGGAGGUAGUGGAGUGUCCAAGGCAUCCAAGAAGUACGUUUGAGUGCUAUUAAGCUUAGUUUUAGUGCCUGCUGAUCUGAAGGAAGUGAAGUAUAUUCUCAAACAUUUUCUUUAGACUCUGUUACAAAAACCUUGUCAAAGUUACUAAUAUAAAUAACUAAUUCUGAUACUUCAAACUACAGCGUUGCAUCUGUCUGUUCUCUAUAUGUAACGUUGCACUGUUUUUGGAACAGAUUCUGAAGAUUAUCAUUUUAGUAAUUUUUUUAUCCUGGUUUUGUGGAGUUAUUUGCCAAAGCAGAAUCAAUGGGAAACACGUACAAUUCCUGCUGUUGUUUCUGUAAAAAUGUACCCUAAGUUUUGGAGGUUCAUCUGGCCGGUUGUGAUUCUUUGUAAGCACGUUGGGUGACGUGUCAGGUUUCACAUUUUCAGGGUACAUCUAUGACUUUCAGUGUGCUGCGGAGCCAGUUCAAAUGUAAUUAUGGGUGACACAACAUUGCUGUCCCAUCUAAUGUCAAUCACUCACCUUUCAGAUCCAGACCACUGCCUGGUGAAGACGAUGAUGAAUGAGCUUAGCCAAUGGUGUCCCAAUUGAAAAGCCAUUGCUUCUAGUACUCGAAUGGGCUGGCAGAUUUAAUGUAUAUCUUUGUAUAUAAUUGAUUAAUUCGUGGUUUUUGUACAGAAGUUAAUAAACCCUUUUUUGUAUGCAUGA